UUCUCAGUUUAGAGUAUAUUGUUAAUUUGACGCCAAAAAAACGUUUGAUAGAACCCCGCAUUUUAGCAUACGGCAACAAUAUGGCUGCGCCCAUAGUGGUUCACAUGAAAGGAGAAAGUUUAUCUUAAACAGGGUGAAAGGUACCUAAUAAAAUGGAAGAAAGAGAGGGUGGUCUAGCUGCUGCUGCUACUCCUUCAAACUCUAAUAUGGUUUCCCCUGGAUUAAAAAUGCCUGAUGGCAUGAAAGAAGAAAAUCCUAUCACUGUUGAAAGAGGUGUGACACAAGGGCCAAACAGUGAAGAAUCAGAAUCACAACCAGACAAACCACAGCUGGAUCCAUAUGAAUACUUGAAACGAGAAGGUUUUACUUCAGAAAUAUUUAAGAUAGAAGUUCGUAAUCUACCUAGAAAGUUUGGUUUCAGUCAAUUGAAGAAAAGGUUGAUUAACCUCGAAUUAAAUCCAGUGAAAAUUAAGGCUGCCUCAGCAAAUGGAAGUGUAGGAUAUGUUACCUUUAGAAAUGAGGAAGAUCGCCAGAAAGGUUUGAAUGUCUUAAAUGGUCAUCAGUGGAAAGGACAGGUUUUGCAGGCAAAGAAAGCCAAUCCUGCAGCAGAUCCAUUCAUAAAGAGACAGCUGGAGGUACAACAACAGGAUACAGAUGAACCUCAAGCAAAGAAGGCCAGAUCAGGCACAGAUAAUCAAGAAGAGGAUAAGCUUCCACCACAGGAAAGACUGAAUAAUGUUGUAACUCCACUGUGGCAAGUUCCAUACGAGGAGCAAAUACAGACCAAACAAACAGAAAUGGAUGGUAUAUUGAAGAAGUUUGCACAUGUCAUUGAAAAGGGGAACCUGGAUUUGAAGUCUUGGAUACAAAAUCAGAGAAAAACACAUCAGUUAAAAUGCUGCACUUUACUGGAAAUCAAACCAUCACCAAUCCUUGAAAGUUAUAGAAACAAAUGUGAGUUCACUAUUGGAAAAGGAAGUGAUGGUGGCAAAGUUGUUGGUUUCCGCAUGGGGCGCUACAGAGAUGGUACUUGUGUAGUGACAGAGCCCAGUGGUUGUAUCAACUUACCUCAGAGUAUGAAAGACCUGGCUAAGGCUCUACAAGAUUAUAUUCAGACUUCCAAAUAUGGAGUGUUUGAUCCAGAACUCCAAGUUGGACACUACAGACAACUGACUGCCCGCACGUGUCAGGGGAAAGAUCUGAUGGCAAUUAUAAUAUUUCAUCCACAGUCACUAACUGAGGAAGAACUUGCAUUAGAGAAACAGUCUCUGGUAGAAUAUUUUGUAUCUGGUGGUGGAAAAUCAUGUGGAAUAACUUCUCUGUAUUUUCAAGCAUCAUCUUCAAGGGUUACUGGUGGAGACAGUGAACCAGCUUUUGAGCUUCUACACGGAGAACAGCACAUAUCUGAGGAGCUACUUGGUCUUACCUUCAGGAUAUCUCCAGAUGCAUUCUUUCAAGUGAACACUCUGGCCACUGAGGUGUUGUAUCAAGUUGUUGGUGACUGGUGCUUAGAGAAUAUCAACACUGAUGUCACCGUCUUAGACAUUUGUUGUGGAACGGGCACUAUUGGACUUACAUUGGCCAAGAGAGUGAAGAAGGUAAUAGGUAUAGAGAUGGUGCCACAGGCCAUUGAGGAUGCCAAACAUAAUGCACAACUAAAUGAUAUCAGCAAUGUGGAAUUCCACUGUGGCAAAGCAGAGGAUGUUCUCCCUGAACUGGUAUCCAGCCGUCCAUGCUGGGGAAAUGCAGUAGCAGUGGUAGAUCCUCCCAGGGCAGGCCUACACCCCAAGGUUAUCCAUGCUAUCAGGAGAUGCCAUGCUUUGAAUAGAGUGAUAUUUGUGUCUUGUAGCCCCAAAAGUGUUGUACAGUCAAAUUUUUUAGACUUUGUACGCCCAGAGUCUAAGAAGAUGAAGGGUCCCCCAUUUAUACCAGUGAAAGCCAUACCUGUGGACCUGUUUCCACACACUAGUCAUUGUGAACUUGUUGUUCUCUUUGAAAGAUACAACCCUGGUUAAAGGCUCAAAGUGAUGAGGAUAUUUUGAUUUUAUGGAUUGAAAAAAAUGUGUGCUGAUAAAUCAGUUACAUGCAUUUGGCAGAAGCCAAUGUAUAAUUUGAAUGCUAGGAAAAUUUUAUUUUAGUGGAUCUUCACAGGAGUACCAUGAGAACUAUACAUUUGCCAUUGCAAUGAAAAUAAAAGAUAAACAUUUUUUCUUAAACAUGACCUAAAAUGGUGAUUAUUUUUCAGAUAUAUCAUUGUGCAGACCCUAACUCAUGUGCAUUAUGUGUUUUUUGAGGGCACAAAACUCCAUGUUCAGUUAUCUAAAAAAAAUUUGAAAAAUUAAAGAAUUUAACUGAUCAGAUAAAUUAAUCCAAAAUAUACAAUGGUUAUAUGGAAAAUUGCAAAGUGUUGUCUUAUGAAAAACAUAGAUGAAAGCUUCGUUUGUUUAUUCUAAUGAUAAAUGACUUUUCUUUUUUACAAUAUAUUUUAAAAUGUUAGUUAAGUUACAGAAAUAAUAUUAUUGAAUUUUCUUGAUGCAUUUUAACAUUAGUAAAAACCCAAGAAAAUGCAUAAUAUGUGUAUAUGUUAUAUUUAUUUACAGAUGUACAUGACAUGUUCUUUACAUAUGAAUGAAAAUAAAUUGAAAGAUCAUAA